AUGCCUGAAUCAUUCCAGCAGAGAAAGGGCUCCUCUUCCAAUGCCAUCUCCGACAUCUCAUCCUGGAACUUUGACAUCGAUCGGUUCUUGAACCCACUCAUCCCAGUGCCAAGAUGGAAUCUCAUUCCACAGCCCAUCGCUCACUUCCUGGGGUAUCGAAGUCGAGCCCCGAAGCCACUUGGCAAUGUUAUGGUUGCUUUCUGGUCCAUGGUGGGAGCCUUUGUUGGCGUGGCCUUGGUGGCCAGUGUCUCCAAGAGAGUACCUUCGUUUGAGGAUCGAAAUGCACCAGCCAUCAUCGGAAGUUUUGGUGCCGCCGCCGUGAUCGAAUUCUGCGUCGUUGAGUCUCCGCUCGCACAGCCACGAAAUGCAUUCUUCAGCCAGCUCAUCGCCUGUGUCGUCGGAGUCGGAAUCUCAAAGCUCUUUGCCCUCAAUCCGAAUGCUGAACACUACAUCGAGCUCGGCGGCGCGUUGGCCUGCGGUGUGACUACCGCUCUCAUGGUGCUGACGGGUACGGUGCACCCGCCAGCAGGCGCAACGGCACUCCUGGCCGUGACGAAUGAGCAGACGGUGGGAUUGGGGUGGUUCCUGUUCCCGGUGAUGAUCCUGGGGAUCACCCUGAUGCAGUCUGCUGCCUUGGUGGUCAACAAUAUCCAGCGACGAUAUCCGAUGUAUUGGUGGACCUCACAACCUCUUUCCCGAGCCUGGGAUGCAGAUGUUGAAUCGGAUCGGGAGAAGAGAACCCAAACCGGUAGUCAGUAUGAGGAGAGCCUGACGGAUCUUCCUCGGCGACUGGUGGUGGAGCGAGGCGACAUCUGGGUACCCAACGGGGUAUUUGUGUCUGCUGAGGAGAGGCAGGUCCUGGAUCGGAUCAGUGCGAGGUUGUAA